UCUGUGUCUCUCUCUCUCUGUGUCUCUCUCUCUGUGUAUGUAGUACAUCAUGAGAGUAAAUAAAGUUAGAGAGAGGAUUAGAAACACAGUAGGAUUAAUGGAAUGAAUAAUCGGAAGAUGUCGCGCACAAUAGUACCCGAAAGGUUUUCCUCGUUCCCCCGUUUCGCAUGACGUCAUGCGUCAGAGCAGAGAGGAGGAGGAGGAGGAGGAGGAGGGGGCGGCGGACAGAGAGCAGCGAGGCGAGGAGAGACAGCGCAGGCGCAGAUCGGCAUUAACAAAAUAACAGCAGCCUUCCACAGUGCAUCAGCGCUCACUGAGGGAGAGGAAGAGAGAGCAGGUUGAACGGAUUAAAGGCGUCGCGUUUUCAGUGUCACAUCCAACAUCAUCAGCACCACAAACCCGGACCGCUGGGAAAGAGCGUUUUAAUUAACCGGAUCGUUUAGAAAUUUAACUCCCCCCCCCUUCCCCUCUAAAACAUGUCUGUGGGUAGUGACUUUGGGAACCCCUUAAGAAAAUUCAAACUGGUCUUUCUGGGGGAGCAAAGCGUUGGGAAGACGUCUCUGAUCACGAGGUUCAUGUAUGACAGCUUUGACAACACAUAUCAGGCCACAAUCGGAAUAGACUUCCUGUCAAAAACGAUGUACUUGGAGGACCGAACGGUGAGGUUGCAGCUGUGGGACACGGCAGGACAGGAGCGCUUCAGGAGCCUCAUUCCCUCCUACAUACGAGACUCUACUGUGGCUGUGGUGGUUUAUGAUAUUACAAAUGUGAACUCUUUCCAGCAAACGUCCAAAUGGAUCGAUGACGUCAGAACAGAGAGAGGGAGUGAUGUCAUUAUUAUGCUAGUUGGCAACAAAACAGACUUGGGAGACAAGAGGCAGAUCACCAUAGAGGAAGGAGAACAGCGAGCCAAGGAGCUCAGCGUCAUGUUCAUAGAGACCAGCGCCAAGACAGGUUACAACGUCAAACAGCUGUUUCGGCGUGUGGCUGCUGCCCUUCCCGGGAUGGAGAGCAUGCAGGAGACGAGCAAGGAAGGAAUGAUUGACAUCAAGAUGGACAAACCGCAGGAGCCUCAGACCACCGAAGGCGGGUGCUCCUGUUGAUCCUGAUUGGACGUUUUCAUCUACACCACUUGCUUGUUGUGUUGCUUCCUAUUGGUUAGCCCUCCACUUGAGUUUUUCAGAUUAUAAUCUGGUCUUUUCAUCUAAAUAUUGGUUAUCAGUUGGAAACUAACGUUACACACAUAAAACACUGUACUUUAUUAACGAAAAUUGCCAACAAAAAAAAGUCUUAAAAAUUAUUACAAUGAUCAAAAUCAA